UGGAUGGGGGAAUGGGCAAAUGGCCAGGGGACUUUGUAAGCCAAAGCAAGAGAUGGAAGCCCCGUGGGGCCAGGCGCGGUUCUGCCGGUGGGGCUGGCUCGGGGGGGCUCAGGGUUCUCUCUGGUGGCUCUGGGGCUUUGUCCGUUUGGCCAAGAGACCCCCCCGGGAUCUCCCGAGGAGGAGUUGGUGCUGAGCGUGGAGAGGAUGCCCAGAAGCCCCUGAGCAGGGGGGUGGGGAUGAAGGGCGGGGUUUGUGGGCCGGCUGAUGCGUCUCUGGUGGCUGUGACAUCACAGCGGACAGGUCACAAUGGGAGCUGUCCCUAAGGAACACAGCAGGCAGCCCCAGGGCAGUUGGACUUGGGCGAUCAGCCAUGGAUUCAGCAACUGUGCUCCUCCUGGCUGUGUUGGCCAUCCUGCCCAAGCGGACACAGGAUCCCCAGAGCGAUGCGGUCGCUGUGCAGGGGAUGAAGAAACGGCAGAUUUUUCUAGAGGACCAGAUGACGGAGCUGUGGGAGGAAGUCGAGUGGAGGAGGGCCCUGGACGAUGUUCCACUCCUUUGGGUCUUGCAGCAUUGGCUCUUCUGGCUGGCUGCAGCAGCUGUGCUCGGCUGGCUGGCCUGGCAAAGGGAGGAGGCCUCUCGCCGGCGCCGUGAGCGAGAAGAGCUCAGCGCAGCAGCCGCUGCUGGCGGGCCUUUUGCAGCGCUCAGCCUGUCACCGCUGCAGGACCUGCCCUUCAUGGGCCGGACCCUGAAGAAGCUGGUGCGGGACCUCCUGGAGGCGUGCCAAGUGCUCUCCCAGAACACCUUCAUGCCAGAGCUGCACCCGGCCACUGGGCAGCAGGGCACCAUCGAGUCCUGGCAUGAGCUGGGGGACUGCACCGUCUACCAGCUGGUGCUCUUCCUCAGGCCACCCCCCCUGGCACUCUUUCCGGCUGCAGCUGCCCGACGCCAUGGACGUGCCACACUCCAUCCGUGUGCUGCUGGAGUGCUCGUGUUCCAGGACGGCGGGGAACAUCUUCUGCUUUGUCCACCCCACGUACAACCAUCAGCACUCGCCCCUCGUGCGCACCCUCUGCACAGACUCCCACCUGGAGGUGCAGAAAGUUGCCGGCUGGCUGCCCAAACUGGUGGAAUCAGCCUGGGAGCGUUUGCCUCAGUGGCACGACUGGCAGCUCCGGCUGCUGCCCUCCUCCCGCUCCUGCAGGCUCCUGCUGACCGGCCCCGGCCAGGUGCGGCUCUGCGCUGUGCUGCUCUUGGCACUGCAGCAGGGCCGCCCAGGCACCUUCCUGGUCCUGGAAUAGGCAGUCCCAGCUUUCCCGGGGGCUGCUUUGGGCCGGGGCUACGCGGCGACUUGGGAGCACAGCUAGUCGGCACAGCACAACAGACCCUUGUGCUGACUGGACUGAAGAGCAGCAGUCCUGGCUCUGUCUACUCCAACUCCCCACGUGCCCUGGUGUGCUUUAAGCCCAGCUGCAAAUGA